UAAAGUAAUAAUAUAUAUAAAUAUCUACACUCCGAUACUGAAGAACCGAGAAGAAAACAAAAAAAAAUGUUCGCAGUCUCUCCGGUGAAGACGACCUUCCACGGCGUCAAGCUAGGGCGAUCUCCGCCGUUCUCCAUCGCCGGAGAAAGGAGCUCGUUCCUCGCCCGACCGCGGUUCGAGCGGCAUCGCUUACCUCGCUCCGGACAGGUCCGGGCAGUGAUCAGCCGCGAAGAAAAGGCCGUCGAGGAGGCUGGGAAGAGCAGCGGAUCUCCAAUUUCAGCUCCAGAUCAGUUGCCGCGACCUUCGUAUGGCGGAUCGAAGUCGGUGACUGCGGUGGUGAAGAUACGGAAGAAGAUGAAGGAGAAGCUGACGGAGAAGGUGGAGCAUCAGCUGGAGCUUUUGAUGAAAGCGAUCGGGCAAGGGAUUUUGCUUCAGCUUGUUAGCGAAGAAAUCGAUCCUGAGACGAAGACAGGCAGGAGGAGUUUGGAAACUCCAGUGAGAGGACUUCCAAGGAUUUUGGAAAACUCCCACGUUGUCGGAUACACAGCAGAUUUCGCUGUCCCCUCGGAUUUUGGAAGACCAGCCGCAAUUAUUGUCACCAACCUCCUCGGCAAAGAGUUCUACUUGUCGGAGAUUAUCAUCCGUGAUUCUGGUGAAUCCAUUCUCUUCCCUGGAAACUCAUGGAUCCACCCCAAGAAAGAUAAUCCCGAGUGUAGGGUCAUCUUCAGAAGUCAAGCGUACUUACCUUCCCAGACUCCUGCUGGGAUCAAAGAUCUACGUCAACAAGACUUGAUCUGUGUUCGUGGUGAUGGGAAUGGACAGAGGCAGCCUCAUGAGAGGAUCUACGAUUACGAUGUUUAUAACGAUUUGGGCGAUCCCCGGAAACCAGAUCAAGCGAGACCCGUUUUGGGUGGUCCAGAAAUGCCAUAUCCGAGACGGUGCAGGACUGGUCGGCCUCCAGUUCCAACAGAUCCACAAUUUGAGACCCGAGGAAAGCAGAAGGAUGAAUUUUAUGUUCCGAGAGAUGAAGCCUUUGAGGAAAUCAAGAGAGAUACUUUUUCAGCUGGACGGUUGAAGGCACUCCUUCACAAUCUCGUGCCAUCCAUUGCUGCAGCAUUGUCAAAUUCAGACGUCCCCUUUAACUGCUUUUCCGACAUUGAUAACUUAUACAAAGCCGGCAUUGUCUUGAGAGAUAGCGAGCCAAAAGCAACGGGCCUUGGCGGGUUUCUUGGCGGUUUCAUGGAUGGAAUCCUUAACGUCGGAGAAAGACUAUUCAGAUAUGACACUCCAGCCAUCAUAAAGAGGGACAGAUUCGCAUGGUUACGAGACAACGAAUUUGCACGUCAAGCACUGGCUGGGGUCAAUCCUGUGAACAUUGAGCUGCUAAAGGAGCUUCCAAUUCGAAGCAAGCUUGACCCGGCUGUUUACGGGUCCCCUGAAUCCGCUCUCACGGAAGAAGUGAUUGCUCGAGAAGUUGAGCGUUAUGGAAUGACCGUUGAAAAGGCCCUCGAGGAGAAGAGAUUGUUUCUUCUUGAUUACCACGACUUGCUCAUGCCGUUCGUCGAUAAGAUAAACUCCUUGGACAGGAAAACAUACGCUUCCCGAACAGUUUUCUUCUUUUCAAAGUCGGGGACCCUUAGGCCGUUGGCUAUAGAGCUUUCACUGCCUCCCACAUCGGAGUCCAAGAACAAGUUCGUUUAUACCCACGGGCAUGACGGUACAACUCACUGGAUUUGGAACCUAGCUAAAGCUCAUGUCUGCUCAAAUGAUGCCGGUGUUCAUCAACUCGUAAACCACUGGCUAAGGACACAUGCUUGUAUGGAGCCAUACAUCAUUGCUACUAACAGACAUCUGAGUUCGAUGCAUCCGAUCUUCAAGAUCCUUCAUCCUCAUAUGCGUUACACUCUCGAGAUUAAUGCGCUUGCACGUCAGAGUCUGAUAAAUGGAGCUGGGAUUAUCGAAAGCUCCUUCACUCCCGGGAAAUACGCCAUGGAAUUAAGCUCUGCAGCUUACAACAGUAUGUGGCGUUUCGACAUGGAAGGCCUUCCUGCUCUUCUAAUCUGGUCGGCGAUCAAGAAUCUUGUCGAAUCAUACGUCGAUCACUUCUACUCGGAUGAAAACUCUGUUAAAUCCGAUACUGAGCUCCAAUCUUGGUGGGACGAGAUCAAGAACAAGGGUCACUCUGACAAGAGGAACGAACCUUGGUGGCCGAAACUGAACACCAAAGAGGAAUUAUCCGAGAUCCUCACCACGAUGAUAUGGAUAGCCUCGGGGCAACAUGCCGCCAUCAAUUUCGGGCAAUACCCUUUCGGAGGAUACGUCCCGAACCGGCCAACGCUUAUGAGAAAACUCAUUCCACAAGAGACGGACAUGGAUUACCACAACUUCAUACUCAACCCUCAGUACGUUUUCCUCUCUUCUUUGCCCACAAAGCUCCAAGCAACGAAAGUAAUGGCGGUCCAAGACACGCUAUCUACUCAUUCCAUGGACGAAGAGUACUUGAUCGAACUGGAAGACCUUCAACGGCAUUGGAUUCAAGAUCAGAAAGUUCUGGAAUUGUUCAAGAAUUUCUCGGAUGAGCUGAGGGAGAUCGAGGAGAUGAUAGAAGGGAGGAACAAGGAUAGGAAGCUCAAGAACAGAAGUGGGGCGGGAAUCCCUCCGUAUGAACUGCUUCUCCCUACGUCCGGACACGGAGUUACAGGCCGUGGAAUUCCCAACAGCAUCUCCAUCUAAUCUAAGAGAACUUGUUCCAGAGGUUCGGUCUGCAAAAAUCUAGGCUGACAAUCUGUGUUUGUUUUGGCGUUUUCAAACCGCAAACGCAGACGCAACUGGCAGAGUAAGAUACUGCGGUGCGGUUGCGGCGGUGGAUGUUUGAUGAGUGAUGGGAGACAUUGGGUGUUAAACUCUGUAAUAUGAGGAUAAAUGAGAAGAUACUUUUUUUUU